AAUAGGACAAUGACUUACGAUCAAAUACAUAAAUUCCUUUUGAGGUCUAUAGCUAGCCGAGGAGUUAUGGCUAUGCCAGAAAUUAAACAAAUCAUUAAUUCCUUUACAGAGGACGUCGUUUCUCCUAAAGAUCUCAUUAAAGACAUAAAUGAAAAAAUACGACCAUUCCAACAAAAGAUCAAGAUAACUAAUGAUGAACUUACUUCUGAAGAAGUCGUGGUGUUUCUUUCUCUUGGUUAUGAUGAUGCCACUAAAUCUCAAAAUGUAUUCUCCGCUACUGAGCUUGAGUACUUUCGUAUAUUAUUGGAACAAAUUAUGACUACAGUAACCCGGCAAAUAACUGGCAUACACGCAAUAAAUUUAGUUAACAGUAUGAAAUCUUCAUUUACUAAGUCUGAUGCACAGAAAUUACUAAAUGUGUGGUGUAGGAUGCGUUAUUUGGACAAGGAUGAGGCUAAUUAUGCACUAGGUGUUCGAGCAAUACAUGAGUUUGAAGGUUACUUCAGAGAAAAUAUGCCAGAUAUUAUUGAAGAAUGCUGUCUAUGUAAACAGGUUGUGUUUAGGGGUUGCAACUGUCCUGCAUGUGGUUUAGCCAUUCACACUCUUUGUCUAAACAAAUAUUUGGAAAAACUACAAAAGUGGCCAUGCUGUAUGAUAGACUAUAAUCAGGCACAGUUGGACCGCCUAAAUUCUAUAGGGUUGUCCCAAACUGUGCGUGUGAGAGAAACGCAGGAUACAAUAUGUGAUGAGACAGUACCUCUAUCAAGCACUUCUAUGGAUGUAGAGGAUGGCACACAGGAAAUUAUACCCGAGAUCUCACAGAGGAUAACAAGGAAGAGAAAACGACCAGAAUAGGGUACAUUUUUAAUAUAACUUUUAAAUAACAUUGUUAUUUGUAGGUUCAACAGUGUAGAUCAUUUGUUUGUACAGUUUUUUUUUCUUUUUUUUAGGAUAGUUAAUUUGUACUAUUCUAAACCUUAUAUCGCUAAAUAAACAUUUUCCACUUUCUUC